ACUAGAAGAUGAAUAACCUUUCCUUUAGUGAACUAUGUUGCCUGUUCUGUUGUCCACCAUGCCCAGGGAAAAUUGCUUCCAAGCUGGCAUUUUUACCUCCGGACCCCACAUACACACUGAUGUGUGAUGAGAGUGGUAGUCGCUGGACUUUACAUCUCUCAGAGCGAGCAGACUGGCAGUAUUCUUCCAGAGAAAAAGAUGCCAUUGAGUGCUUCAUGACUAGAACAAGUAAAGGUAACAGGAUUGCCUGUAUGUUUGUGCGCUGCUCGCCUAACGCCAAGUAUACUUUGCUCUUCUCGCAUGGAAAUGCUGUUGACCUAGGUCAGAUGAGCAGCUUUUACAUAGGACUGGGUUCACGGAUUAAUUGCAACAUAUUCUCAUAUGAUUAUUCUGGAUAUGGUGCAAGUUCUGGGAAGCCAACAGAGAAGAAUCUGUAUGCUGACAUUGAUGCUGCUUGGGUGGCUCUUAGGACAAGGUAUGGAAUCCGCCCUGAAAAUGUGAUUAUAUAUGGCCAAAGUAUAGGAACUGUACCAUCUGUGGAUCUUGCUGCUAGGUAUGAAAGUGCUGCUGUAAUUCUUCAUUCUCCACUGACCUCAGGCAUGCGAGUAGCUUUUCCUGAUACAAAGAAGACCUACUGCUUUGAUGCAUUCCCAAACAUUGACAAAAUCUCUAAAAUAACUUCUCCUGUGUUAAUAAUCCAUGGGACUGAAGAUGAAGUAAUUGACUUUUCACAUGGCCUAGCAUUAUUUGAGCGCUGCCAGAGACCUGUAGAACCACUGUGGGUAGAAGGAGCAGGCCAUAAUGAUGUGGAACUUUAUGGACAGUACCUUGAAAGGUUAAAACAGUUUGUGUCACAGGAACUAGUGAAUUUGUAAUUUUCUUUSUUUAUUUACAUGCUUUUUUCAUUUCAUUGCAGAACUGUACACCUUGAUUAAAAUAUAACAUAAAACCUGAAGGUUGUGUUUUCAAAUCAUGUUGGUUGCCUUCAUUAAAUGUACAGGUAAUGAUUUGUCAACAUAAUUAAUGAAGGUUUUAGUGCCAGUAUUGUAAACUGGAAUUACAUGAUCAUGCAGUCAAGCUUGGCAAUUCCUAUUACUUUGUGUGAGUUUGUUUUUCUUAGAUGUACAAAAAAUAACAAAGAGUACUGUAUGAAAUUUUCUUUCUAUAAAAUCAGAUGCUGUAAAAGUGUUGCCAAAUGCUUUAGCAUAUCAGAAGCAGGUUUAUAAAUAUUUUUUAAACAUCUCAAAAUGUACUGUGACUUUCUCUGUUGCACAGGUGUAAAUUAAAAACUUUUAAGCAGUUGUUCUGUAACAAUGCAAUAGCCAUGAAAUUUGAACAAAUAUUCACGUAUGUAAUGAGAAUAGMCAUGUCACUGGAAGUGACCCGUGCCCUGUUAUAAAGGGAGGAGGUCAAAAAAAAUCUUUUUUCAUAUUUUUCAUGUCUUGUGCUUAGUUUUGUUUUUGUUAGUUUUUGUUUCAUUUAACCUGAAAGGUAAGGAUCAAAUUGACCCACUCAUCUUCUCAGCUAUCCUGGUCCUGCCAAAAAAUGCCACAUGUUACCAUUGUUAUAACAUAAAUAGCAUAUGUAUGAAGGCUAACUGAGGCCACUAAGUACUACUUUGAAAUCAGUUAGAUUUUUAGAGCUUAGGAAAACUUUAUGGACAACAUAGUUUUAAACACUGAUGAUGCAGAGAUGCAGUUUUUCAAUAGARAGAACUUGGAAGUUUAUCCACCUUUGUACUAAACAAAUUGCAAGUUUGCAGUUGUCCUUUCAGGCUUACUUUGGGGGGUUAGUGUAAAAGCAUAUUAUUUUUGAGUAUUGUAUGGAAAAUUUACUAAUCACUCCUGGACAGUGGGGGGGAGGGGCCAAAUAAGGUUGUUGACAUUUUUAUAUUAACUCGAAGUAAAAUAAACUUUGUAAGUUGCCUUUCCCUUGAAUGCGUUUUGCUUGAAUAAAACUAUGGAAGAUAAACCUAAUUAUAUGUAGCCUAAUUUGUAAACAACAUAAUAUUCCAACAAUACACACUGUGCUUCUAAUUUUAAGGCCUUAUGUAGUUCAGUUGUUCUGCUUGUUUUUGUGAUUGUUUGAGACUGUUGUAUAAUUAAAUGUGUUACUGAGUAUUGUGAAGACUUUGG